AUGUCUGUUAGUUUAAUGGAUAAUGUUUCUGUACUAACAUUUUUUGUACUUUCAGGAUUGAAUUACACAGUGCAACACAGAAUCGUUCUCUUUGCUCUGACUCUACUGUGUUACUCAGUAAUUUGGAUAGUAAAUGUUACUCUCAUCAUAACCAUUAUUGUCGACCGAAAACUUCAUGAGCCUAUGUAUAUCUUCCUCUGUAAUCUGUGUAUUAAUGGACUUUAUGGGACAGUAGGCUUUUACCCAAAAUUCCUCAUGGAUCUUCUGUCUCGCUCUCAUAUCAUCUCUUAUGCUGGAUGCCUUCUGCAGAGUUUUGUGAUACACUCAUCAUCUGGAAGUGACUUAUCAAUUCUAGCUGUUAUGGCUUAUGACAGAUAUGUGGCUUUAUGUCAACCACUAAUGUACCGUUCUGUUAUGACUAGACAACGAAUAUCUACGUUAGUGGCCUUCUCUUGGCUCUUACCUCUUGUUUGCAUGUUGAAUAACACAAUGACAAUUUUUCAGACAAAGCUAUGUGGCUCACACAUACCUAAACUUUACUGUUCAAAUGCACUGAUUAGUAAACUAGCUUGCUCUACUUCUAUAGUUAAUACUAGUGUUGCAUAUUUCAACAUAUCUAUUUAUGUUGUCCAUUUUUUCUUUCUCGUUUGGUCUUAUAUGAAUUUGGUCAAAAUAUGCCAAACAUCUAAAGAGAGCAGGAAGAAAUUCAUGCAAACAUGUGUGCCACAUUUAGUCUCUUUAUUUAAUUUUAGCUUUGCUGUGUUGUUUGAUUUAAUGUACACACGGUUUGGUUCGCGAAUGUCAUCACUGAGCCUUCAGAACUUCAUGGCAAUAGAAUUUCUUUUAAUUCCUCCAAUUAUGAAUCCUCUGGUUUAUGGGUUAAGACUUACCAAAAUUCGUAACAGAAUUCUUCAGCUCCUGAAGAGGAAAGUCGCCACGGUUGGCACGGUCUAAAGAACAAGCGUGAGCGGAAAGAGAGCUCUUCUCGUCAAGGUUUGCCUUAACGCCCACCACCACUCUAGUUUCCUACCUCCCAAAGAAAAACAAGAAUGUUGUGCUUCUGAGCACACUGCACACAGAGGCUGACGUUAGCGAUCUCAAGGACAAGAAGCCUGUCAUCAUCCUAGUCUACAACCGCAACAAAGGGGGAGUGGACAACCUAGAUAAGGUGAUCAGAACGUACAGCUGCAGAAGGAUGACUGCCCUCUGGCCCCUGGUCAUCUUCCACAACAUCAUUGUUGUUUCCUCCUACAGUGCCUUUGUGAUAUGGAGAGAGAUCAACCCUAGCUAGAUUCCUCGUAAGCGCAACAAGAGGAGGGUGUUCCUGAUGCAGCUGGGAAAUGAGGCACUUUUAACUCCACUCAUCCAAAGAAGGGAGCAUCUCCCCCGCACAGAAGCAUCUGCAGCGGUUGUGAAAUCUAUUCAGAGGGCUAGAUCUUGUGAUCAACCUGAGGAUCCAGCUGCUCUAGCACCCACUGGCCCCGCCACUGCCCCGGGUGGGGCAAGUAAGAGGAAGAGGUGUCACAUCUGCCCGCCAAAGAAGGACUGCAAAAGACAUAACAUGUGCUGCAGGUGCAAGAAAUAUAUCUGCAAAGGCUUUGCACUUGCUUACUAUCCUACAUGUGCCAAUUGGGGGUUUAGUGAAGGUGGGACACUUUGACCUGGAGGACACAGGGUCUAUACUGAAUAUGAGGACAGUGGGAGGGUUAACAUAAGGAUGAAACCCUAUCCUAAUUCCAUUACCAGUUCAUAUAAGCAUGACAUGGAAACUUAAACAUAUUGAAAAAAAACAACUCUAUCGUUAUGGAUUGCUUGCUUUGAUUAAUUUGGAGAGGAGAUGUUAUCAGGCAAUAAUGAAUGUUAUACUCAUAACAAAAAGUCUCUCCCUGCUAAAAUGUGAACCAGUAGCCUCCAUAUAGGAAAAGGGAAGCCAUCCAUCUUUAAAUCUCCAUUAAGUGUAUUGCCAUAAACAGUAUUAGUUUCUUAAAACAAAUAACCUGCAGGGUGUAUGAUAAAAGCAAGGAAAACAGCAACACAAAGAAUAAAUAUUUG